CCGAUGAGGCUGCCAUCGCCAAAUCCAUCACCAAUGACCACCAGCCGUUGAUCAACACCGUGAUGACCGCGUUCACCAAGGAUCUCAAGAGGAAGGACCGCGGUCCCAACGGCAAGCCAACCACUCGUGCAGGCGCCAACUUGACUAAGCAGUCCACUGAGUUCGUCAACCAAUUGGUCGCGGCUGCCGGCAACGAUGUCAAGGAGUUCUUGAAGGCGAAGCCGAAGGCGAAGUCGAAGACCCCAGCUGUGCCCAAGGCUUCGGGAGGUGGAUCGAAAGUCGGCAUGAAGCGUGGUGCUCCGACUGAUGACGACGAGAACGACGAGACCUCCAAGCGCCAG